GGAAGAUGGCUGCGAGUAGACCACAUGUCGAUGUCAGAGCUAAUGGAAAUGAAAAUUCGACAAAAUCGCCUGCUGACAAGCAGUUCUUAGAUACUUUUUGGAAAUUGGCAGUUCCAUCAGAUAAUGAACGGAUAUCUGGAGCAACAACUUUGCUACAAAUUCUGAUAAAGAAACAGAAUGAAACCAAGGAGGAUAAGUACUGUUCAGAGGUAACAUACAGCUUGAGAAGACUAGUCAGAGGCUUAGCAUCAUCAAGGAAAGGAGCUAGACAGGGGUAUGCAAUAGCCCUCACAGAGCUUCUCUCUAAGGUGAAAGAGAUUGCUUUGGAAGAUGUCUUCAAGCUCAUGAAACAAGAACUGCAGGUGUCUGGAAAGAAGAGUGAAGAGAAGGAGUAUGCUUUUGGUCAAGUCUUUGCUUAUCUUGCUGUCAUCCAGAGUGGGAGGCUGAAUGAGCACAAUGGAGCCAGUUCUGUUCACAUCUUGGAGCAGCUUCUUGCCUUGUCACAGCAGAAGACCUAUCUUCAGUUGAUCUGCCUGCAAGGGGUCAUUGACCUCAUAAAGAGGUCAUCGGCUGAGCUGUUUACUGAUCACAUCUGGCCUGUGCUGAAGGCUGAUAUGAAGCAAGGAUGGGAGGAGGUCUCUCCCAACAAUCUAGCCCUCCUCAUGGUCUGCAGACAAAAAUUCCCCGAUGUCGUGAAAUCCAAAUUUCUUCAAAGUCACUAUGGUCAUGCCGAUCUGGUUCACCCAAGCAACUUCAGCCACAUCAUAAGGAUCCUCACGAAAUCAACCCUUAUCAGUCAUCCCAUUGUCCACCCAGUGUGUGAUAUGUUGCUGGCUUUGGUUUUCCAGGAUUCCUCCAAAGUGAUUCAGUUCUGGAAGAUUGUUGUAGAUGAUGGCCUGUGCACCUCCAAACACGAAACAAAGUACUUGGCAUUUUCCUUGCUGGAACGAGCCGUUCCACUGAGUGAAGCCAAGCAACUGAGGGCGCUGUUCAGCGAGAAGCUUAUCCGCAGUAUGAUCAACAACCUGGCUAACAAGCAGGCCAUCCUGCAUUCUGCUGCUGUCAAACUGAGUGAGAAUCUAGCAAAUGCUGUAAAGAACAUUGAAGAUCCGAUGGUCCAGUUCGCCGUCGCCAAGUGCCUGUUGUCGAGACCAGGACAUGUUAAGUUUGAUGAUAUCACCAAGUCAAAGACUGUCUACUCUAUCAUCAGCAACUUUAACUGUAGAGCUGUGAAGCUUUAUCUCAAAUGGCUGAAGAAGCUGUUUCACAGUGGUACAGCAAGUAUUGGUCACAGAAUGCAAGAACCGAAUCUUGAGGAGGACAGAAAAUGGAUCUGUAUGCAGGUGUUGACGCUGAUCAAGAAUCCCAAACUCUCCAGGGAAGAGGACUGGCUCCUAGAUGCCACCAGGUUUCUCUUCCUGCAUGCCUUCUUCACCGUAGACAAACCAGAGCCAAGCAUUCCAGAGUGUUCCAGUGUUCUUGAAACCCAGGUGAGUGCAGAGCUCCAAAAGAUGAUAGGCAGUCAGUUCUACGGGGCUCUAGGUGUCCUCAGUGCGGUCUCACUCAAACCAACGACAGAAGAGACAGAAAGUGAAGAGCGUUCCACUAGUCCAGAGGGCAGAAACAUGGGAACUACAUCAAGUGGAGAGCUAUGGGUGUCUCUGCUUGGACAUUAUGCACAGGACCUACUGACUUGUGAAAGUGUGUCCUGCAACGCGGAGUUCCCAGGAAAGGCUCAAGAUGCUUGGUCAACCAUGAUGGAAUCUGUGGCAGCAAUACAAAAAAAGUCUACCGCGGGCAGUGCAAUGUCUUCUGGCUUAGCCUUCCAACUUCUGUUCUUACAUGUGGGACUACAGAUGUUUUCAGAACCCAAGCAGAGUGCUGACAUUCUCCAAGACCUUCAAUCAUGCUACAAGCGGUCUCAGCAAAAGAGAAGAUCAGUAAAGAAAGACCAAGAUGAGCCUGAAUGGGUGGAGGUCAUCGUGGAGAUCCUACUUAGUCUUCUCUCCAAACCUUCUCAUCUCCUGAGAACGGUGGUUGAUAUUGCCUUCAAGAUGGUCUGUCCUCACAUGACACAGCCAGCCCUGCAGCAGCUACUUGAUGUCUUGGAUCCUACCAAAAGCAAUGUUCAAGUCGGACAAGAAUCAGAUGAGGAGGAGGAGGAGGAAGAGGAAGAAGAAGAUGAUGAGGAUGAUGAGGAUGAAGAGGAGGAGGAUGGAAAUAUGAAAUUCACCCAGUUGAAGUCUAAGAAGCCACUCACCAAUGGCAAUGGACAUAAAAAGCACAAAAAUGCAGAUUCAGACGAUUCGGAGGAGGAGGAUGAUGAGGAUGAUGACGACGAUGAAGAUGAGGAGGAUGAAGACCCUGCAAUGAAGGAGCAAAUCAAAGCAGCUCUUGGUAAUGCAGCAGCAGACUCUGACGGGGAGGACAGCGGCACUGACUUUGAGCUGGACGAUGAUGCGAUGCUCGCCCACGACGACGCCCUCAGCAAGGCGUUCAAGGCCAUGUCAUCGAGGUCACGUAAGAGCAAGAAGGAAGCGUCGACCAUCAUGCUUCAUUUCAAGCUCAGGGUCCUGGAUCUCCUCGAUAUCUUCAUCAAGAGACAGCAGAACAACCCUCUCCUCCUGGAUUUGGUUGUGCCUCUUCUCAAGGUAAUAGAAUCAUCAGCCGGUCACAAGGACAACCAGCUUUUGGCAGAGAAAGCUCUCAACAUCUACCGCAAUAAACUCUGCAAGGUUAAAAGGUAUCCACACAACCUCUCAGACCACAAAGAUGACAUUCAUGACACCAUCGAGGAGCUCAUCACGAUUGCAAAGAAAGCUCACUCCAUGACCAUCGUCUCGCUUGUUUCCACUGGUUGUCUCUUUCUGAUGAGAGUCCUGAGAGGAAACGUGGCCAUCACUGACCCCUCACCCUUGAAGACGAGAGGUCAGAGGGCAAUGGGCAGUGAGAAGAAGAAAGGCAAAAAGAAGGGAGGAAAGGAAGAAGAGGAGGAGGAGAAGGAAGCAGAAGAGGAGCCAGCGAUGGGACUGGUUGAUGUGGGUAGGAUAACAGGGCUUUACACUGAUGCCCUGGAAGACUUCACAAUGCAUAGAGCCACAUGUUUGCAUCCCAACUUGUUCACAGAUCUUAUUGACAGAUUUCCAGCUCUGGCGUGGCAUCUAUCAGACACCCUUACUACUUCUGCCCAAAAUGGAGUACAGCUGUACAGAAGAACACAAGCCUGUAGAAUGCUCACCUUGCUGCUAAGCAAGAGACCAUACUCGGGUUCACUUUCAUCAUGGCCGAAGGUCAGCAAGCACAUCCUGUCCGUGGCGACGUUGAUCUUGCAAGGCAUGCUGGGAGAGGGGUCACAGUUCAAAGCCAAGUCUGCCAUCCAGUUUCUUCAUGCUGUCCAGCAGUGUGCAGUGCUAAGUCAUCAUCUCGACAAGGUUCCGGACUUUGGCGAGAUAUCACCUGUUCUCGAGAUGUUUAAGGAGAGGUCGGAGGUCAAGAGGUCAGGAGAGUUCAGAUCAGCUCUCGAUACCGCAAUAGCUGCUAUAGAAAAUAGGUCCAAAUCGAGCAAGAAGGGCAAGAAAAAGAGGAAGAAGUCAAGGAAAAGGAGAAAGAGUGCAUCCACCUCGUCCGUAUGAUAAUCGCCAUGGCUUCACAGUUCAAAGCAGUUAACAUUAACAUGAAAUUAAGCUUGUAAUGUAAACAAAAAUCCCUCUUUGGUACCUGACUUCAAGAAAGAUCAUGGACACAUUUUAAAGGACUUUAGAAAAAUCAGCUGAAGGCAAACUCAGAAUCCUUGUCCACCCCCUUUUGAAAUGUGAGAACAUUACAACGACGUAUGACGCAAUCUGAACAUGAUAUCUACGGGAUGAACAAUAGAGUGUUUGAUUGCCCUCCUUGAUUUCUCGAAAAUCAGUACGCUUACAUAUUUAUCAAAAGUCUAUACAGUUACAUGUA